AUGUCGCAAAAGCGCAAACGCUCCGAAGAGCCAGCAGACUCCGCGCCCAUCUUCCGCUCUGCUCCGAUCGACGACCGCUCGUCAACCUUCGUCGGCUUCUUCUCGCCCACUUCAAAGCCCAAGGAACUACAAUCGCUAGACGAGAUCAAGAGCGCAAGCCACAAGAUCUUAGCAUGGCGACGCGAGAGCAACCAGCAGUCUAUCACGGGCGGCAUGAAGUACACGACCGACCACGACGAUGAUGGGGAGAAGUAUGCCGGGAAGAAGGUAGAGAAAGUACUGGAUGGGAUGCAGGUCAUGGGAGCUUGUGUCGUGGCGCGCUGGUAUGGCGGUGUGCUGCUUGGUCCGGUGAGGUUUGAGCAUAUUGAGACUUGUGCUAGGGCAGCUGUUCAGAAGUGGAAGGACUCUGUGGCAGAGGAGCAAGCGAAGAAGCGCAAGAUGGAGGCUGACGAGGCGGAAACGAAGAGGCUUGUCAAGACGCUUGCUGAGCGGGAUCAGAGCAUUGCUGUGCUCAGGACUUUGGCGCUGGAGAAGGAGGAGAAGGUCAAGCAGGCAAAGGCUGCGCCUGAUAGUGGAGAAGCGGAUGGAAAACCCGUUCCUGAUGUGCAACCUGCGGCGGAUGUGAAGCCUUUGAUGGACUACACAAGCCUGCCUCUGGAGCGGCUAAAGAUGCUGGAGAAGGCAAGGGAUGCCACUCUUUCGUUCUUGCUGAAACGUAUUGACAAGGCAGAGCUGGAGCUUGUUGGCGCUACCGGUAAACUACCUGAUGAGUGA